UGACCGAGCUUGGCACAAACACAGGGAAAAAUCUGUCAAGAUGGUGCUCGAAAGUACUAUGAUCUGUGUGGACAACAGUGAUUUUAUGAGAAAUGGUGACUUCCUACCCACACGUCUUCAAGCUCAACAGGAUGCUGUCAAUCUGGUGUGCCAUUCCAAGACCAGGUCCAACCCCGAGAACAAUGUUGGGCUACUUACUUUGGCAAAGACUGAGGUCUUGGCAACAUUGACAACUGAUGUCGGCAGAAUACUGUCCAAGCUCCACCAAGUGCAGCCUAAGGGCAUCACCAGCUUUAUAUCAGGAGUACGCAUAGCUCAUUUGGCUCUAAAGCAUCGACAGGGGAAGAAUCAUAAAUUGCGUAUCAUCAUAUUCGUUGGUAGUCCCAUAGAAGAGGAUGAGAAGGAGCUUGUGAAACUUGCCAAAAGGCUCAAAAAGGAAAAAGUCAAUGUGGAUGUUGUCAACUUUGGAGAAGAGAACCUCAACACUGACAAACUUACAGCAUUUGUGAACACUAUCAAUGGCAAGGAUGGAACCAGUUCACAUCUGGUGACUGUCCCCCCUGGUCCUCUCCUAUCUGACGCUCUGGUCACCUCGCCAAUCAUUGUUGGAGAAGAUGGCAGUGGAGCCAUGCCAGCCAUGGCAUCAUCUGACUUCGAAUUCGGAGUUGAUCCCAAUGUCGAUCCUGAAUUAGCACUGGCCUUGCGUGUAUCGAUGGAGGAACAAAGAGCUCGCCAGGAAGAGGAGGCAAGGAAAGUCGCCACUGGUUCUGCGGCAGAGACACCACAGCCUACUGGUGAAGCCAGCAAUGAGGAAGCCCUUCUGGAGGAGGCUAUCAAGAUGUCGAUGAGGACAGAGUCUACAGAGCCCACCUCUGCUGAUCAAGACGUUUCCUCCAUGACCGAGGAGGAACAGAUUGAGUUUGCUCUCAGGAUGUCAAUGCAGAUGUCCAUGGCAUCAGAGGAUCCUUCAGCAAGCAACACACCUGCUCCGAUGGAAACGGAUGAUGAACCAUCACUGAAGUCGAAACAAUCCACUCAAACAUCAAAGGAUGAUGAAGACGAUUAUUCUGAGGUUAUGAACGACCCAGCAUUUUUACAAAGUGUUUUAGGCAGUUUACCCGGUGUUGAUCCGCAGAGUGAAGCCAUUCAAAAAGCUAUGGGAUAUUUAACACAAAAAGAGGAGGAGGAUACUAAAAAUGAGAAGGAUAAAGAUAAGGACAAAGACAAAGAUAAAAAUAAGAAGUAAAAAAACCUUUGAGGAAAGUGACUAUAAGUUGCUACCAUAGAAGUAUCUGUUCCGAAUUAGAUAAGAACUUGUCAAAAAGCAAAGGAUGUGAACUUGUAGUGAACCGAUGUUUUGACUCUACAAGAUUGUUUGGCAGUUUAAAAGUGACUUUAUUGCCAGAGACGUGAAUUAUCACUUCAUAGUUGAACUGCGUUGAUUCAUUCUUUGAGACCAUGUUCGCCAUACUGUAAACCCCCGUUUUUUGAGGCUAUAGUUCGUAGUGAGAGCAUCACAAUUUUCCACCAAUAGUUUCUGCAAUCACAAAAUUGUGUGGUAACUUUUAUAAGCGAAUCAAAAAAAUAUGGGGUUUACAGAACAUCGAUUCAGUCUGUAAUGUAUCUGGUCAUGAGUUUGGUACUGUAUCUACAACGUAAUCUAAUUAUCAUAACUAAA